AAUUAUUGCUCUGCGAGAAUCAGUUUCGAUCAAAUACGUUUGACUCCAAACAACGACUCGCAACCAUCAGCAAGCAUCAAGCAUCAGCACGACACAAUAACAUCAUGUCUGACCAAAACACCAGCACUCUUCAAUCGGCCUAUGAGAAGGUCACAGGCGCUGCACAGAGUGCCCUCGGAUCUCUAACAGGUAGCACAGCCGACAAAGCUCAAGGCGAGCAAAAGAAAGACGUCGCCGAUGCCCGCCACGAGGCAUCAAAGGCUGGCGCAACUGUAGCUGGCCACUCCGUUUCUGCAUCGGGUGUUACCCCCAACGACCCCAACCGCCAGCAAGGCAGCUGGAACCAAACAAUCGGAUCUGGCAAAGAGUUCGUCGGCGGAGCUUUAGGCCUCGAAGGCCUGAAAAAGGAAGGCCAGCAGCAGAAUGAAGAGGGCAAAGCUCAAGAGGCAGCCGGGCAGCUCAACGAUCUGGGCUCUGGCGUGGCUAAUCGUGUGGCUGGAACUGUCGGUGGCGCUGUUGCUGGCUUGACUGGCGAUAGGGAAGAGCAGGCCAGACGUGCAGAUCAGCACGAUGAAGGAAAGACGCUGCAAAGGGGUGUGGAGAGUGAGUUGCAGAAGCAGGCCGAUGCGGAGAGGAAGUAGACUGGAAGCCUGAUGGCUGCGAUUUUGAUUGACGAGACUGAGCAUGAUUUAUGAUACCCAGUGCCGAGUGACUGCAGCAGUCAUGUAGUAGCAGAACGAGAUUAUGUAUGUGUACUUCUCUCAUUGUGCAGCGCUU